CCUCCUCCCCUGCUGCUGAGGUCGCUGCCGCCGCCUCCCCCUCGGCCGCCUGCCUCCUCCUGCCGCCCCCCCGGACCCGCGCUCGCUCCGACUUCCACGGGCUCGCCAUGAGCGGCGGCUCCGGUCGCUUACAGCCGCCCCCCGCCCUCUGCCCGCCGCCGCUCCCCCACGGGCCGAGCCUGCCAGAGCCGGGAGCGCGCAGCCAGGGCCGGGGCAGCCCCGCCGGACACGGCACACCCCGCGCCGCCCCGGGAGCCAGGGGCCCACCACCAGGUAGCAUUGGUACAUCGUUUCAGUGCCACUCAAUCCAUCAAGAUCACAUUUGUAAUGAUGACAGUGACAAGAGUGAAGACAGUCCUAGUCCCAAGCGACAACGCCUUUCCCAUUCAGUCUUUGACUAUUCAGCAGCAUCACCAGCUCCAUCACCACCAAUGCGACCAUGGGAGAUGACACCAAACAGGCAGCCUCCUUUGGCUCGGCCCAGCCAACACCACUUCUCAGGGGAACGAUGCAACACACCGGCACGAAACAGGAGGAGUCCUCCUGUUCGACGUCAGAGAACAAGGAGAGAUCGUUUAUCUAGACAUAAUUCCAUUAGCCAGGAUGAAAACUAUCACCAUCUCUCCUAUGGACAGCAGCAAGCAAUAGAAGAGCCUCGAGCCUUUCGCCCACCGAAUGUAUCUCCUCGUCUGUUGCACCCAGCGGCUCAUCCACCACAGCAGAAUGCAGUGAUGGUUGACAUUCAUGAUCAGAUCCAUCAGGGCACAGUUCCUGUCUCGUAUACGGUGACCACAGUGGCUCCACAUGGGAUACCGCUUUGCACAGGCCAGCACAUCCCAGCCUGCAGCGCGCAGCAGGUCCCAGGCUGCUCAGUGGUUUUCAGUGGGCAGCACCUUCCAGUUUGCAGUGUGCCUCCCCCAAUGCUUCAGGCGUGCUCAGUCCAGCACCUACCUGUACCAUACGCAGCAUUUCCACCCCUCAUUUCUAGCGACCCAUUCCUUUUGCAUCCUCCUCACAUCUCUCCGCACCACCCUCCUCACUUGCCUCCUCCAGGACAGUUUGUUCCUUUCCAAGCACAACAGUCACGGUCGCCACUUCAAAGGAUAGAAAAUGAAGUAGAGCUGCUUGGAGAACAUCUUCCUGUGGGAGGUUUUACAUACCCUCCUUCAGCCCAUCCACCAACAUUGCCUCCUUCAGCUCCUCUCCAAUUCCUAACCCAUGAUCCCUUACACCAGGAGGUGUCAUUUGGUGUUCCUUACCCACCGUUCAUGCCUCGAAGACUCACAGGACGCAGCAGAUACCGGUCACAGCAGCCGCUACCACCACACCCUUACCAUCCCAGCCUAUUACCUUACGUGCUAUCAAUGCUUCCAGUGCCACCUGCAGUUGGACCAGCUUUCAGCUUUGAGUUGGAUGUGGAAGAUGGAGAGGUAGAAAACUAUGAGGCACUGCUGAAUUUGGCAGAACGUCUGGGAGAAGCCAAACCACGGGGAUUGACAAAGGCAGAUAUUGAACAGCUUCCAUCCUACAGAUUCAAUCCAAACAACCACCAGUCAGAACAGACGUUGUGUGUGGUGUGCAUGUGUGAUUUUGAGUCAAGGCAGCUACUUCGAGUCUUACCCUGUAACCAUGAAUUCCAUGCCAAGUGUGUUGAUAAAUGGCUAAAGGCAAAUCGGACCUGCCCAAUUUGUAGAGCUGAUGCUUCGGAAGUGCACCGUGAUUCAGAAUGACCGAUCUAAGAGCACAAACCUGGUUUGGGUGUUUCUGUCACGUGUAUAUACGAACUAUCUAUUGAACUUACCCAUAUGGCUUCCAGCCUACCCUUUACAUGAAAGGGUCAAUGGACCUUACUUUGCACUGUGUGACUUAAUCAAUUAUAAAGCUUAUAACUAGUCUUCACAGUUAUGGGAUUGUUAUACUAACAGAGUGAGUGGAACUCCAAAGAUUUUUAUUUUUGGGUUGGUUUGGUUGGUUGGGUUUUUUUAGCUUAAUUUUGUGUGUGCACUAACAUUCCCUGGUUUUUGUGUGAUCAUUCCGAGUGUUGCUGCGAGAUUACUGUGGACGUGAUCUUUUAGCAUGUGCUUUUAUACAAAAAAAAAAAGAACAAAAAAAAAAAAGUGGUAGCUCCAGACCAUAUAGCAAUCUACCUUAUAUAGAGCCUUCAGAUACUGUGAGUGGGAAUGGAUGGUGUGAGUGUGCAUUUGCUUAUGAGAGGGUCUGCGGUGCGUGCUUGUGACUGAGUGUGCACGUGUGUCUGAGAACCUAUAUACCAGCAUGUACUGAGAACGUAUGUGUGUAGUAAUAAUUAUGCUGCAAUGUAUAAUCUUGUGUGUUAUUUAAACAGUACUAGUACUGUACACUGGUUCCUUUCCUUGUGUUUGCAGUUGCACACUGAAUGCAAUGGGUGCAGCAAUUACAGACAUUUAGUAUUUCCUCUCCAAUGUACUUACAGGUAUAAAGACCUUUCUACCUACUACUCCAACAGCUGUUAUGCUUCCCCUUCAUUGGAGGCUUUAAAUGUGUACCACUAAAGAGCGCAGUGAUUGUUCAUACAUGAGUGACCUUGGGGUUAUUAGCGUACGUUUAAAAGUCUGGAUUUUUAAACGGCUGAUUUACAAGUUAUUUUAUCAAUAUAAAGUUGCAAUAUCGCACAAAUCAUUUAGCAAUAUUAAUAUUUUCAGUUGCUAAUAUGACUAUCAAUGCUUUUAUCUUCUCCUUUUAAAUUUUUCCAGCUGGGUUGCCAGUUAUGUGCUUCCUUCAUGAAAGGAAGCAGAAAGGACUGAGGGUCUUACGCAACAGCUCUUCACUUUUGGCCAUUGUACUUGCUAAGAACGUAAUCUUUUAGCUUAUAAACAUUGGCUUUAAUCACAUACAUUCUUUGUCAUUUACAAGGGAGUUUGUAUAUGACUAAAAUAACUUGUAAAAGGUUACAGUUUUAUUUCUGCAACUUUGUGAAUAAAAUAAAACUUUUUUAGCAUUUUCUCAGAGAAGUAGAAAUUCUUAUUUCCUUCAUUGUACCACAGGAGAAGGUGGGUUUUGGUCACUAACUGCAGAAUUCAGUUGCUAUGAUGCUGCUUCUUGCUCUUCCUUAUUUCAUGAUGAGUGUACUGUGAAGAGGGAACUCCCUUAGUUUUUGCAAUGAAGUUUCCAAAGCACUCCACUGUAGGAGAAAAUUGGAACAGCACCUUCUAGGACAGUGCUGUGAAACAGGAGGUGAUAACUUCUGUUCGGGUGCUCUGAAUGAUCUUUCAUUUGGGGUAUUGCAAAAAAAUAUAAUAGCUUCCUUUAUAACAUUCAGACUGUGAACAUCAUCAGUAUGUUCUAGCAAAAUAUUUAGGUCUGCCUAUACCAUAGUUACUCAAAGGAUGCACUUUUUGUGACAAAAUUCCUAAAUACAGUGUCAUUGCUUGGGUUGCAGCACUACAAGUGGCACAGUCAGCAAUAUUGCUGCAUCUUGCUGCCAGACUCAGCUUUAUGUCCAUUCUUGAUAAUUUCUGAUGCUUUUUUAUGCUGCUAUGCUUUAGUAUUAGGUAUAAUUCAAACAGCAUUGGAUUUUCUCCAUGCUGAUUUCCCUCUUUGAAGAUUCUACAGACCAGCCACAGCUCUUGGUGCAGAUAAAGUGAAAGCACAAUUUUGCCCUAUUUCAGAUGCUCUUCCUUCUGUUUAGUUAUGCAGGUAGUUCUCAGAUCCGGUGAGUCUUUCCAUACCUGUCCAUACUUAAAAACACUAAAUAAAUAAAAACACUGUUACUUCAGAGUAUUACAAUUUCUCCCAUAUUCCAGUGGUGUUAAAGAACAGGCUUUUCACAGUAACACCUAGCAGGUUAAAUUACAUGUAAUAGAAUUUAUUUUUUUAACAAAUAUAAAAUCAUGUUGUUUAAGAAGCAUAAGCCACAUGUCUUACAAAACUCGGGCUCUUUUAUAGUACUGCAAAAGAGAAAGUUCCGUGUGUAUAACAUACACACAUAACAGCAUAACACGACUGUGCUCGGUAGUCAGUUCAAAGCAUGGAAAGAGGCCACUUGUUCUAAGCUAAAUACAGGUGAACAAGACACAUUUUUCUGAGGCCAAGGGAAAGUGGUCCUCUCUCUGGAAUUGGAGAAAUCCUGAUGUGUGAUGUCCCUUGUUCCCCAGUAAAACCCUGUGAGGUGGUGGGAGAUGGAGGGUCCAAGCUGGUAAAGCCCUGAAAUAAAUCAUUGCACUCUCAUGGCUCAUCUCUCCUGGAAGGGUCCUGUGGUUUGUGUGGGACUCCUGCAGGUGCUCGUGGACUUGGUUCCUGUGGCUGGUGUGUGCGAGCGGCAGCACGUGGGGAUGUUCAGGACAGCGCAGGAAGUGACGGCCGCGUCCUCCUGCUGCGGAGGGAGGGGGGUGCGCGUCCAGCUGCUGCGCGCAUCUGUGUGCGGUGCCGCAGCCUGACACCGUGCCUGGCAGCCCCCAAACUCAGCAACGCUGUUCUGGUGUUUGUUGCCUUUCUGCCAUCAGCUGGCUCCUUCUUCCCAAUGAAAACAAGAAAAACUGUAACAUGUUUGCUUUAUCAUAUUGUCACUGCUGUGGAGUUGUUUUUGUUUCAUAAACUGUCAGUUUGACAUUCUGGUGGAUAUCAAGGCCUACAGAUAAUUCCAAUGUCUCAUUUUGUGGCUUUACAAAAAAAAAAAAAAAAGCCUUUUUGUUGUAUGCCAUUUUGUACAGGCUCCUGAAUGUGAUUUCACAGCUGUUAUUACAUUAUGUAAUGCUUGGGAUGAGAUUUACCAACUUUUUUAUUGUAGACAACACAUUUUUGACUGAGUUAUCUUUGGGCCUUUGUAAAAGCUGUGUUGUUUUCCUUUGGUACAUCGUUACCUCAUUUUCCUACGUGUGUUUCAGAUUUGCUAAUGAUUAUGAUCGCUUAUGGGUUUUGUUGGAAUUGUAUUUUGUCAAGUGUUUUCUUUAAAUCAUAUGCUAUUGUAUCAUUUAACAUGUAGUAUUAAAUGUAUUAUAAAUAUCUGUAACCAAAUCAUUUGAAGGCUUGAUAAAUUUUUAACAAAAUUUGUACAUUUUUUAUGAGAGUUACUAGUAAUGCUUUACUAGGUAGUGCAAUGAAUUUUUAUUUUUAAUCCCUGUGCCCAAUUUUGGAGUUGAGAGAGUUGUUCAGUAAUAAAUGUAUGAUGUACACUUA